AUGCGCAACUGCACGUAGCACCAAGACCGAGAGCACAAGCCCAGGGGAACCGGACCGCCUCCAUCAUGCGCGUCCCGCCUGCCGUCUCACAGCGGAAACCCACCCAUUAACCAUUACUACCUGCAUGCGCCUGAGAAACACUCUACCAUGUGCAUUUCGAUAUCGCUGCUGUCCGACAUGUCGCGUCAACAGCAGCCAUGUAUGCAAGUAAUUGCCUGUCUGUCUGCCUGCCUCUCUUGGACUCAGGAACAUCACGCACUCUACACACAAAAAAAAGCAAACACGCUAACAGUCGUGGAUGGAUGGAUGGAUUGGAUUGACCCUCGCUAGACCUAAUUCGCGUCUCGGACGCGUCGCGGGGCGACCGCUCUGCCCAUCAACCACCACCACCACCACCACCAAAGCUAAUAACCCUGAUGUUUGUUACUUAAUAUAAGCCCCAAUUAACCACGGCGGACAGACCGAGUCAGUGUGUGUGUGUGUGUGUGUGUCGCUCCAACUGCGACAAUCCACUUCUCGCACAACCUCCUCUCCCUCCUCUCAACGCCUCUCGACAUCAUCUUCUUAUCCUGUCCUGGGCCAAUCUCCGCUCCUCCCUCACCGCCUCGCACUCCCUCUCUUGCUUCCCUGUCCGACCCUACCCUCGACUCGACUCGACUCGACUCGGGUCGCUGGAGCACUCGCGCACCAUAUUGACGACUAGCGCCAUCUUCUCUCCCUCCCGUCGUCGCGCGCUCAUCCUCUGCGUGUUGCGCCGCGCCGCGCCGCGCGCAUCGGCUCACUCGCCCGGGACACCACCACCCCGACGACAACGACACACCAUGGAUGAGCCCAUGCUCGUCGACGUCGUCGACGACGACGCCGCCGCCGCCGCCAGCGCCGCCUCGCCUCCGUCCCCCUCCUCGUCGACCUAUGUGCCGCCGUCGGUCCACCGCAAGCCUCUCCUCUCGGGUGCCUCCUUUACGCACUUUUCGCCCAUCCCGCCCUCCCUCCUGCCACCGGCCUCCUCCUCCUCCAUGUCCGACAACGUCAACCGCGAUAAAGACGACGACGACGACAGCGACAGCAACAGUAGAAGCACCACCACCGGCCCGCCCUGCGCCCUCGGCGUCGACGAGGCCGGCCGCGGCCCCGUCCUCGGCCCCAUGGUCUACGGCGUCUUCUUCCUCCCCCUCGCCCUCUCCGACCCGCUCCUGCGCUCCCCCGCCCACCGCUUCGACGACUCCAAGGUCCUCACCCCGGCCUUCCGCUCCGACCUGAUGCGCGCCCUCUGCACGCCCGGCACCGACCUGCACGCCUCGUGCGGCUGGGCCACGGCCUCGCUCUCCGCCCGCGACAUCGCCGCCGGCAUGCUCCGCCCCGCCGCCCCCUACAACCUCAACGCCCAGGCCAUGGACGCCACCGUCGACCUCAUCAAGGGCGUCUACGCCCGCGGCGUCAACGUCCAGCACAUCUACGUCGACACCGUCGGCCAGCCCGCCGCCUACCAGGCCAAGCUCCAGCGCGUCUUCCCCACCGCCCGCAUCACCGUCGCCAAAAAGGCCGACAGCCUGUACCCCUGCGUCAGCGCCGCCUCCGUCUGCGCAAAGGUCACCCGCGACGCUGCCCUCGAGGAGCUCUACAGGGCCAGAGGUGGCGACGGAAACGGCGAAGACGGCGCCGCCUCCAUGGCCUGGGGCUCCGGGUACCCCUCGGACGCGCGCUGCGUCGGCUGGAUGAAGAACAACAUGCACCCGCUCUUCGGAUGGGGUCCCGAGUGCCGCUUCAGUUGGGGCACCGCAAAGGACAUGCUCGAGGCCAAGGGCAACAACGGCAUCCGCGUCGAGUGGCCCCUCGACGACGACGACGGCGAGACGAGUCGCCUGACCGACUUCUUCACUGCAGGCCCCGCAGACAAGGAGAUCAAUGAGCUGGGCGCGUGGUAUGGCGCGCCGGCGGGCCUCGAGGCAUUCUAGGCACCUGCGCCGCCCCCCUUUUCCUUGCCAUCGAAUUCCAAGGUUUCACGGCGUUGCGGUCAUAUUAUGCACUUGGUAUACAGGGAUCAUACUGAAAACAAGCAGGAGUCAAGGAUUGGUUGGAUAUCAAAUGUACUUAUAGACUAGAACCGCCUAAACCCGGCACAGCUUUUUCUACACGUAGGCAGAGGGGGGAUCAAACCCCGUUUAAGCCGUC